UUUCGUAUGACCAAAUGUACAGUACUUGAGUAAAGUCCUUGGCUAGUUAGGUUUAGUGUGCUAUUAGGGGUGGUUUAGGUUAUUGUAUUUUUUCGGCGUUUCAUUGUGUUUUGAGGUUCUUUUUUAUUUUUAAAUAAUGGCUUUUGUGACUCACCAGAUUGUAAGGACAAUGUCUUCUGUCUCCGCAAAAAAAUUACUUGUACAGCACGUCACAGUGAUCGGAGGGGGAUUAAUGGGUAGCGGCAUUGCACAGACUGCUGCAGCAACGGGUCAUUCUGUGGUUUUAGUAGACCAGACAGAAGAUAUAUUGGCGAAAUCUGUGAAGGGGAUUGAGGACAGUCUUAAACGAGUUGCUAAGAAGAAAUUUGCUGACAAACCUGAGGCUGCUGCUGACUUCAUCAAGAAAACCAUGAGUAAUAUUAAGACGAGUACAGAUCCUGCAUCAGUGGUACACAGCACAGACCUAGUUAUAGAAGCCAUUAUAGAAAAUAUGCAGGCAAAGCAUGAACUCUUCAAAACACUCGACACAUUUGCUCCAGAGCAAACAAUAUUUGCAAGCAACACAUCCUCUCUGUCAAUUACAGAAAUAGCCAAUUCAACUACUAGACAAGACCGGUUUGGUGGUCUUCAUUUCUUUAACCCAGUGCCUGUCAUGAAACUUGUGGAGGUUGUCCAGACACCAAUGACUAGUCGAAAGACAUUUGAUGCCUUGAUAGACUUCAGCAGAGCUAUGGGGAAACAGCCUGUAUCCUGCAAGGAUACUCCUGGAUUUAUUGUAAACCGCCUUCUCGUGCCUUAUAUGAUGGAAGCAAUAAGACUUCAUGAGCAAGGACAUGGAUCAAAGGAAGAUAUUGAUGUUGCUAUGAAACUUGGGGCUGGCUAUCCCAUGGGCCCAUUCGAGCUUGUGGAUUAUGUUGGCUUGGAUACCACCAAGUUCAUCAUUGAUGGAUGGCAUGAGUUGGAACCUAAUAACCCCCUGUUUGCUCCCAGUGAAAUGCUGAACAAGCUCGUAGAAAGUGGAAAGCUGGGUAAAAAGACUGGAGAAGGCUUCUACAAAUACAACUAAACUGGGAAUGGAACAGUUUUCCUUGCUGAGUGAUGGUGCCAAAAUUAUGUAGUGUGUACUGCAAAAUAGAUGCUUCUUACAUUUCUUUAACUUGCCAUGAUAUUGCUUUGCCUGGCUUUACUUGAAUGUUAAUAUAUUUUUGCACUAUUGAAAUAACAUUUUUUAUACCAGAAAUGUUCCUGAAGAGUAAUUCUGCAAAUAAUAUUUGAUUGUUAUAAGCAAUAUUAUGUGUAGAAAUCAACUAAAGGCAUCUGUAAAUGGAAUAGUUUAUAUAAAUAAAAAAGCAAGUCAUUUUGAA